AUGGAGAGAGCCACAAAACCGCCCAAAUCUCACCACUGUCAACAGUGUGAGAAAGAAUUCCCUACAUCACAUCGAUUAAAGAUUCAUCAGAGAUUUCACUCUGGAGAGAAACCGUACAGUUGUGACCAGUGUGAGAAAGCUUUCUCUACUGUCAAAUACCUAAGACAACACCAGCGCACUCACACUGUAGCGCGGCCGUACAGCUGUGACCAGUGUGAGAAAGCAUUCAAAACAGGAGGAGAGCUAAGAAUUCAUCUGAGACUGCACACUGGAGAGAAACCGUUCAAAUGUGAGGAGUGUGGCAACAGAUUCAUAUCAUCAGGACGACUGCACAUGCAUCGUCGAAGAUAUCAUACAGAAGAGAAGCCUCACCGCUGUCAGCAGUGUGACAAAGCGUUCACGACACCAGGAGAUCUAAAGUGUCACCAGAGAGUUCACACUGGAGAGAAACCAUACAACUGUGAGCAAUGUGGGAAAGCUUUUUCAUCAUUAACAAACUAUAGAAUCCACCAGCAGACCCACAGUGGAGAGAAACCCUUCACCUGUGAGAAGUGUGGUAAAGCUUUCUCUUGGUCAAGUCACCUAAGGAAACACCAAAUCAUUCACACUGGAGAGAAAUCGCACUACUGUGGCCAGUGUGGAAAGACCUUCACUCGACUAGAAAACUUAAGAGCCCACCAACGUAUCCACACUGGAGAGAAACCGUACAACUGCAGACACUGUGAGAAAGCGUUCAUUUCUGCCACAGACCGCAACGUGCAUGAAAGGAUCCACACUGGACUGAAGCCAUACAGCUGUGAGGAGUGUGGGAAGAGAUUCACUCACUCAAAUGUUUACAAGAAGCAUAGAAACAUCCACACUAGAGAAACAUUGUGGGCAGGCCUGUAG